AUAACACUUAUUUCAAAUGAGGCAAUGGAGGAUAGGAACAAGUUUUUGGACAGCAAGAAGGAUUUGAAGCUCGCUACUUCUGAAAGUGCCAUUUCGGACCUUUAUUCCCAGGUAAAGAAGGCAGUAGAGGAGAAAGAGGCACUUUCCCUCAAAGUCUCCGAGCUCUCUUUUGCUUUGAAGAAGAAGGAUUCCAAGCUCUCCAAUGUUCAAGAAAAGAAAGAGUUUGAGCUUGCCGAGGCUGUUAAGGUUACUACUAUGGCAAAAGUGAAGGAAUACAAACACUCUUUUGAUUUUAAGAAGGAGAUGCUCGAGUAUUAUAAUAACGGCUUUGAGGACUUAAAAACUAGAGGCAUGCUUGCAUUUCCAAGCUUAACUUCUCAAGAAUCCAAUUUCAGGAUGAUCCUACCUCAAUCAUUAAGAAGGAAGGAGAGAAUGAAGAGGAGGCUGGUAAUGAGGCCACUAGCACAACUGUUGUGGAUCUUGAAGACCAGAUCAAUUCUAGGGUUGAGACGAAAGGCCAUACGAAGGACUUAG